CGCGUUCUAUAUCCUUUCAGAACGGACGGAGAGUAGAAACAGAAACCGUCAUCCACAUCCACAUCCACAUCGAAAUCCACAUCCACAUCGGCAUCCACAUCGAAAUCCACAUCGAAUCAACGCAGCAAAAGACAACAUGAGCAACCUUUCUCUCUUGGAGGCAGUCCCUCGGCUGUCGCUAUUUUGGGUGGUGGUGAUUUCGUUCGCGUUGGCAUCGAUCGCCAGUGCCGACGAAUGGAAACCCAAAAUUGUCAUGGACGAAAGCAAGUCGAGUCUGUUCGAAAUUGCCCACGAGAUCGAGGUCAACUCUCCCAGUUUCUUUCCCAAACCAACCUACCCCCUCAACGAUCCCGAUGUUGUGGUCGUUGUCGAACCGGAAAUCGGGAAACACCGCCCCGAUCAGGACGUGGUCAUGGCCUACGCCGAGGGAUACACGCUCGAUUAUUACAUGAGCUUCAUCGAGACGCUUCGGGCAACGGGGUUUGACGGAGACAUUGUCUUGGCGACUUCGGAGUACGGUUUGCUGAAGAAGAAUGUUCUAGAGUAUCUGAAAUCGCAGGAAAACCUGGUGGUCUACAUCCACAAGCUGGACUGCUUCGAGGCGGACGCCGUCACGCCCUCGGAUCGCAUCAUGAAGAGGGGAACCCCCGACAUCUUUCAGAUGUGCCUCCUCAACGAUGUCUACGGAUGGAAGGACAAGGACGGAAACGUCGUCAAGACGGCGAAGGAUCCGAGAAUCGGCCGCGUCGUAGCCACCCUGCGGUACGAAUGGUACUGGAUCUGGGCCCAGCACUACAAUCCCGACUCCUGGAUCAUGCUGGUCGAUGCACGGGAUUCCCUCUUCCAAACCAACCCCUUCGAAGGCCUCCCCCGCCACCAAAACGGCCUCCUCUAUUUCUUUGGGGAGAACGCCGAGGCCACCAGGAUCGGAAAGUCCACCAAGAACCGAAACUGGAUCCGCCGGUCCUACGGGGAGGACACCCUGGCGGCCAUGGCCGACAAGCCGACGAUUUGCAGCGGAUCGACCAUGGGGGAACAAAUCGCCAUCGAGACCUACCUAAAGGCCCUGGUCAACGAGUGGGACGAGACGGACAUCAAGAUGACGGGAGCCGACCAGGGAUUCCACAACUACCUCUACUACUCGGGAAAACUCGCCAACAGCCAGAACAUCACCAAGCUGGUGGUGUGGGAGCAGGGCAAGGGGAUCAUCAACAACCUCGGAGCCCUGCGGACGAAACCCUUCGAGGAGUGGGGCUUCUACAACCAAGAGACCAAGCAGGUCUACAACUGGGACGGGACCCUCAGCCCGGUGGUUCACCAGUGGGACCGCGACAAGGACAUGCACACCCAUUACAUGCGAACCGUCUUCCCGCAGUGGAAGAAAUCCUUCGAGGAGAAGAUGAGAAAGGAACGGAUUAACGGCCGCGCCCGCACCAUGUCAGCGAUUGCUUAGAUUCAGUACAAGAUCCAAUCUCGAAGCGGCGUGCGAUCUCGAAUGGAAUCGUACCUGUAUCGGACCGCAUUAUAUGUUACCUAGCUUAUGAAUCCGAUUCAUACCCGUAAGAUACCUCCAUACCCAUUUUUCGUGGUCUUUCCUAGAGCGUUCGGCAAACAUCGUACCUCGGGGUCUUUCAAGGAUCAAGAAAAGGGAUCUACGGAAAACAAGCCCCGCUGAAUGGCCAAUUCUUUGAGCUCGGCAGUCGUGGUGUUAGAAAUCAACGCGGCACGGUGAUGGUUGCUGGAUCACAGACCAGCAUUCUCUUUUGGACAUUCCCCAAACCGUUGACAACACAACAAAAACCGCGGGAGCUUUUGGACGGCUACCCUCGAUUCAUGAAAUAUGAUUCUGAAGGCGACAGGAAAGCAGGCCUUGCUUCUUGUGCUAUUGGAGGGAUUUUGUAGUGUUAGAAGACUGAAUCCAUGUGUGGCCAAGCAAUAUAGUCAAGCUUAAACU